UCUACUGAGUCCUAUUUAUAGGCGUGUGAGCGCGCUAUUGGGAGAGCGGAGCUUUUCUCACAAGAGCCUCCCUCUCCACUAAAGGUCCGCUGACGGCGCAGCAAAUCUCGAUAAAUAGAAGCUGGUCGAGGGAUGCCUUUAUUUGAAAAAAGAUGCCGCCCGCACCGUCAGGAAAGGCCGUGAAGAAGGCUGGUAAGGCUCAAAAGAAUGUUCGUGCCACGGACAAGAAGAAGAAAAAACGCAGGAGGAAGGAGUCCUUCUCCAUUUACAUCUACAAAGUUCUCAAACAGGUCCAUCCUGAUACCGGUAUCUCCUCGAAAGCCAUGUCCAUCAUGAACUCAUUUGUGAACGACAUCUUUGAGAGAAUUGCCGCUGAAGCCUCCCGCCUGUCCCAUUAUAAUAAGAGGUCGACUAUCACCUCUCGGGAGGUUCAGACUGCUGUUAGGCUUCUGCUUCCUGGUGAACUGGCUAAGCACGCCGUGUCUGAAGGUACUAAGGCUGUCACCAAGUACACUUCCUCCAAGUAAAUUGUCGUUUCUUCGGAACAAAAAAACGGUCCUUUUCAGGGCCACCAAGCUCUA